GCCCCUUUCUCUGUCUCCCCUAUCCCAAUCGCACCAUGGCUAUCAGUAAGCUCAGUACGGUGCAGCUCCAACUGAUACUUAUCUCCACGGCCAUGGCGCUCGCCACCGCCGCCGCCACCACGCACCUCCAGUUCUACAUGCACGACAUUUUUACGGCAACAGCAGAGAGCCCGGCAACGGGGGUGACUGUGGCGAAGGGCACGGCGGGGCUGCCGGGAGACCCCAACGUCCACUUCGGCGACAUACACGUGAUCGACGACCCACUGACGGAAGGGCCCGAUCCGUCGUCGCCUGCAGUGGGGCAGGUGCAGGGGGUCGAAGUCUUCGCGGUGCAGCAGGAAAUAUCGGUGAUGCUCUCCGCGAACAUAGUGUUCACGGCAGGGAAGUACAAUGGCAGCUACCUCGUCGUCCUGGGAAAGGACGCCUUCCAUGAAGACGUCAGGGAGCUGCCGGUCAUUGGCGGAGGCGGCAGGUUCCGUGGAGCCACCGGUUACUCUCUGUUCACGACGCACGAUUUCAACAACACCACUAAGAACGCCGUUGUGAAGAUCGACGUGUACCUGCGCGUGUAGCGCAGGAUAUAUGUUAGGAGCUCCUUUGAAGCGUCACUGCGUGCCUUUGUGUUGUUUUCUAUUCUCGUAAUUAUGUUUCAUUGGCGUUGGGGCCUUGAAAAUAAAAAUCAGGAUUAUAUUGUUAAAGAA